GGUCGCUUCUUCCCCUGAAUCCGUUGCUUAAUCAUAACACUACGUAACAUUUGCUCAUGCUAGGAGAGGAAGGCAGGAACCACAGGUAACCGAGCCCGAGUCUAACGGGUCUAUCACGAACUACCCACUGGCUACUCACUUGACUGUGCGCUUCCUGCCCUUUAUGCCCGAGUCGAUCCCUUUGAACCGCUUUGACCUUGCACAGGGGUCACCAUACAACAGGAUGUCCGAAUCCUACUCAAUCCCCCGUCCCAGUGGUGCUACUCGGCGUCCUAAUCGGCGUUGGACAGCCUCUCUCAUCACGUCCUAUAUCUUUGACUGGGUCAUCCUCGCUGUAGCUGCCGCUGUCGGGGGCGUUCUAGCCAUUAUUGGACCUAACAAGCGUCACUUUUCGCUUGUUGACCCUACCAUAUCAUUUCCCUUCACCGAGAGAGAGACCGUUCCCGUCUGGUUGCUGCUCCUUCUCGUCGUUCUCGCUCCCGCCGUCAUCAUCCUCCUCGUCUGCCUCAUCUUCGUUCCCGGAGCCACCGCACCCAAGGGGACUCCGAAGUCCUUAAUAUGGCGGAGGAAACUGUGGGAACUGCACGUAGGCUGGCUUGGCCUUGCUUUGGCGGUCGUCGCCGCUUGGUUCGUCACCAGCGGUAUGAAGAACAUGUUUGGCAAGCCUCGCCCUGAUCUGCUGUCGCGGUGCGAACCCGACCUGGCCAAUAUUGAGCGUUAUAUCGUUGGGGGAAUUGGCCGCAAUCAGGCCCAAGCCCCUUCCACGCUCGGCUUGGACCAAGUUAUUGGUAUCGGAACGCUCGUGUCGGCGGAUAUAUGUCAAACCACUGACUCCUCCAAACUCGAUGAGGGGUUUCGCAGCUACCCUUCCGGCCAUGCCAGCUCCUCGGCAGCGGGCCUGAUUUAUCUCUCUCUCUUCCUAGCCAGCAAAUUCGCCGUUACCAUACCUUUCGUCGCUUACCAGGGCGAUGCGGCCUCGCACUCCGCAUUCCCUUCGCGCCUCGCGACAUCUGCACCCCCGGCAUCGGAUAAGCGACAUGGCUUUCCUCUGGCUGCAACGCCCUCGGACCGUCUAGCGAGCCACAGCAAGAUGGUAACCGCUAUUCGCCGUCAAGCCGCCGCCCCGCCAUUGUAUCUUCUCUGUCUUGUUCUUGUCCCUUUCUUCUUGUCUAUUUUCAUUGCCGGCUCUCGCUGGUUCGAUUAUCGCCACCAUCCUUUCGACAUCCUCUUCGGCUACUUCAUUGGCCUGCUCUCAUCCAUUUUCGCCUUCUACUAUUACCACCUCCCCAUCCAACACGGUGCGGGCUGGGCUUGGGGUCCUCGGAGCAACGAUAAGGCAUGGUGGGCUGGUGUUGGGUCCUACAGCUAUGCUACCGACAAAAAGGACUUGGACGUGCCCGGUGACGUGGAGGAGAGCGUUGGAUUUAGGGCGCAUGACGGCGCGUCUACAACUCAGAUUGCCCAGCCAAAGGAUCACGAUGAUGUUACCAGGCCCAACGGACAUGGCUUGGAACAAAGUCACCUUAGCCGGAGAGAGCAUCCUAACUCUGCCCAGAUGGGUCAGAGAUCGAUAGCCCAUGGCGACCAGCCAGAAGCGUACCAGCUGCAGCCAAGUUCGUCAACUCAGGUUCAGCACGACGGAGAAUGGGGACGCGAGGAGAGGUUUGGCCAUGCGAUCUGAAUAAGCAUCUCUGGACGGAAAUAUGAAAAUUAUGGUGUUAAUUGCACACGCACAUGACUUUGUUUAUAAGUGGCACGAACUGCAGGUAGGAGUUAGGACGGCGUAUCGGUUAGAAAGUUUCCAUCUUGGAAAACGUGAGCAAACGGAUAUUCAACCACCCCUCGCCUUGCAACGAAUUGGGAGCUUGUCGGCGUUCUUGUCGCCGGUGUAUCACGGGUUUACAAGUGAUGGGUAGAAAGCGACCCGUUAAUAUUUGUUCAUUAUAACGUAACAACGCACGCUCAAACAU